AUGCAUGUCAAGACUGGGGAUGUUGUCCAGGUUAUUGCUGGAGAUGACCGGGGCAAGGUUGGCAAGAUUGUGAAGGUACACACCAAGAUUGGGAAGGUGCUCAUUGAGGGCGUCAACGUCAAGACCAAGCAUGUGAAGCCCCAGUCAAAAGAGGAGGCAGGGCAGGUAAUGCAGCAGGAGUACCCCAUCCACCACUCUAAUGUCGCCCACUACUCGGAGGCGCAGAAGGUUGCAUCCCGCAUCGGGCACAAGUUGAAUGAUGACGGGAAGAAGGUUCGGUUCCUGAAGAAGACUGGGGAGGUCAUUGACUGA